GGAAAAUGGGUAGCCAACUUCUUUUGAUACUUGUAAUACAAUGUCUCCUCUUUUUAAUUUCCUUUGUUUCCUUAUCUACAUCUGCAUUGUGCCAAAAUGAUCAACAGCUUGCGCUACUCCAUUUCAAACAAUCCUUUACUAUAGAUCCAAUAGAUUAUUGUGUCCGGAGUUCCAUUUACCACAAUUCCUAUGAAGGUGUCCAGAAUUCCUAUCCAAAAACCAUUUCUUGGAAUAGUAGUAUUGAUUGCUGCUUGUGGGAUGGAGUUACGUGUGAUGAGUCCACGGGCCAAGUGGUUGAGCUUGAUCUCAGUUGCAGCCAACUUCUCGGAACAAUUGAUUCCAAUAGCACUCUCUUCCACCUCUCUCAUCUACAAAAGUUAAACCUUGCAGGGAAUCGAUUCGAUGGGUCAUUCAUUUCACAUAAAUUUGGGGACUUUUCUUAUUUGACACAUCUCAACCUUUCAAGCUCAAGAUUGUCAGGAUGCAUACCAAAGGGGAAUCAAUUCAAUACAUUUGAAAAGAGUUCUUACGAAGGGAAUGAUGGCCUACGUGGAUAUCCAAUGACAAAAGAUUGUGGGAAUGGUGUCUCAUCUCAACCACCUACCCUAGAAGUGCUCCAUCAAGAAGACAAUGUGAGCAUUUUAUACGGGUUCACUUGGAAAGUUGUGUUGUUGGGCUAUGGUUAUGGCACUAUUUUUGGAAUGGUAAUGGGGAGUCUCAUGCUUUUAACUCGAAAGCCCUUUUGGAUUAUCAGAAUUGUUGAAGAAGAAGGAUACAAAAUUAUGAGGAAAGGGAAUAGGAAGAGGUCAAAGACACCAAGGAGUGGAAGAAGAAGAACAUAGGGCUUUAACUCUACUUUGAUGCAAAGGACGGACUGCAUUUCAAAUUCAACACUAGUAGAUAUGAUAGUUGAAAUAAAUUUCACUUCAUAUAAUGACUAUUGGAUUAUGUUUUAGCUUUAUUUCACUUCAAAUCGCAAUAAAUGUUAUCUAUAAAUAGUAAAUUGUUUUGAAAACUAGCUAAUUUUUUAAUGCAAUUUGAUUUGCAAUUACU